GCGUAUAGCACAUAAAAACACAAGAAAAAAUCCAUCUUACAUCCUCUGCAUCAAACGAGGACAGUCGGUUCAAGCAGGACGAGCUAGACAUCGCACAAAGACAUUUAGGCCCUCAGAAGUGCAAAAAGUGCUGAAGAUAACAGAACAUGGUGUAGCGUCGGAUGGGAAACUACCAUUUGGUAAUCGAUGCAUAAAUAAACAUAAAAGUAGUGAUUUUUGUGUGUUGUUAGGAAACCCUGUAUUCAUUUGCAUUUAUGUUCAGCUUUGUUUGGUUAAAUAGCUUUGCUGCUUAGCCUAGCGUCUUUGAGGUUCUGAAAUAUUUGAAGAAGUUUUCUCGAACUCAACGAAAACCGACGGUAUUAAAUUUCCACCCCAAAAGAAGUUGACGAUUAAUGCAUAGCAAGGAACUAUUUUUAUCACAAAUCGGAAAGAUUUCUCACACUAUUGGUACAUCGUUAGGAAGCAGUGGUGAUUUUACCUGUGAUGUAUUUUUUGGAAACUUUCUUUGAAAGCAUCAGACAUAGUUGAUUCUCUGUGGCGAAUGAAAGUGAAAUAUUACUACAAAAGAGUUGCAUACCUAUACACAUGGUGAUGCACAAACUCAAAGUUGAAGGUCAAUCCUGGAAAAUGGAAUCGGACGUUCCAUAAUUGAUAAGUAGACAAUGAUUCAAGAGCUGACAAAUUUCGUGGAAAAGAGAUUUGAUCGAAAAUCGGUUAGCCUUAGCCGCCACUUGAGAAGCCAGACAACACAGGAUGUACCUACUAUGCGUGCAAGUGUGAAGCGCUAGACAAAAUCAAUUUUUGUGAUUUAUGCGUUGCUAUGUUCAGAGAGACAGUGAAAAAAAAAUGCUAUACGAAGCAAGUUAAGUGCAGUGGCGAAGAGAACCGUAGUGCGUUGAUUGAAUAAUGAUGAAGUAAAUAAAACCGAGACGCCUGAAAAGAGUGAAUCAAUACAACAUACUCGACACCACACAUAUCCACGAAGCAUAUUUCAAAGUUGGGAGUGAUCUUCGCAGUUAGUGCAAGUCAAAUUCUAGCUCUUCUCGUACCAGAGCAAACGUAGCACAAAUGAAAAAAGUAAUGAUACCUUCGCUGGAUAUGAAAAAGAGUGUUUCGGUCAAAGUAGAUAGUGAUCUGACAUUACUACUAUCGAGUGGAGUGUACGAAAUCAAGAAAAUGGAGCCCCGCAGGCGGCUCCGUCCAAUUGUGAUAAUAUGUUUGUUUCUCACCAUUGCCGGUAUCAUCGGAUUUGGAUACUUUUGUCCAGAUCAGGUCUGCGCCCUGUCCCGGCGGGAUGUGACAAGCAACCAGGAACUGAUAGCCGGCUUUGCGCAUGAUAAUCUCGGCAAGCCAGUACAGCAGAAUUUGCUCGCGAAUCCUGGACUCAGCUACGAGGAGGUCCUUAAUGAUGAUUUUCAGUUCGACAUGAAUGCACACGACGUGAUGGUUUUCUUACACAUUCAAAAAACUGGCGGCACAUCGUUUGGAAAGCAUUUGGUACGGGAUUUGGAUUUAAAGCGACCGUGCACAUGUCAGCGAAAGAAGAAACGGUGCUACUGUUUCCGGCCGCAUCGCAACGAAAAUUGGCUCUUCUCGCGGUACUCGACCGGCUGGAAGUGUGGUCUGCAUGCCGACUGGACCGAGCUGACCGGAUGCGUCGAUCAGGAGCUGGACAAGAACGAAGGCGAAACGGCCAAACGAAGGUACUUCUACAUCACCCUGCUGCGAGAACCGAUCGCCCGGUAUCUGUCCGAGUUCCGGCACGUCCAGCGCGGUGCCACUUGGAAGAACUCCCGCCACUGGUGUCUCGGUCGGACGGCCACACCGGAUGAGCUGCCACCGUGCUACACUGGUGAAAACUGGAACGGUGUACCGCUGGACAAAUUCGCCGGCUGCGAGAGUAAUCUUGCGGCCAACCGCCAGACCCGUAUGCUAGCCGAUCUGGCGCUGGUUGGCUGCUACAACAAAACUUACAUGCCAUCGACCGAGCGCGACCGCAUCAUGUUGGCCAGUGCCAAGCGCAAUCUCGCCGCCAUGUCCUACUUCGGACUGACCGAGUAUCAAAAAAUCUCGCAGUACAUCUUUGAGGAAACGUUCAAUUUGCGCUUCGCCAUACCGUUCGAGCAGCACAACAACACCGUGUCGACUAGCACCAUGAACGGCUUAGCACCCGACCAGCGGGCCAAAAUAGAUAAGCUAAAUGCACUCGACAUCGAGUUGUAUGCAUUUGCGAAGAAAUUAAUGUUCCAAAGAUUUGAAAGACUAAAAGCCAAAGAUAACGAUUUUAACGUAAGAUUCGCACAUUUGGGAAACCUAGGUGUUAAGAAUGGUGUCACCGAGUUUAACUGGGACAGCAACAUCGACGAGAUGCCCAGCAGUGAGAAUCACUGAUACCGAAGGGUUUGGGGUCGCGCUGAUGCGACAUUCCCGCACAAAUCGCCAUACAAGUGGAUACCGAAUGCGUUGCCAUCGCGUCCUCCCCCCAAGCGUCCUGCACCGGUACCGUUACUAACUGUCAACACCGUUUCUUCGUCCCGCAUCACUCACGUUCCCGCCGAAAGUCGCCCACCGGCAGUGGCGGUGGGUGCAACUUCAUCAUCUUUUAAUCUCAAAUUACUCGCUUCCACUAGUCCGAAUGAAAGGAAGCAGCUUCGGCGGUCGCAGCUGCAGGACCUCGGCGGGGGACGCACCUUCAAGUUGACUAAGCAACAGAUUACAAUGCAAACGCUGCGCGAUAGUCCCCCCGUAAGAACCCAGAAUAUGAGCAGCACCCAGUGAUGCUGGAUAGUCAUAGGAUGUUAGCUCCGAGUGUUGUUUGCAUACUGAUUUUAGCAUUUUUAGUACUGACGCAGAAUGUGAAUAUUUUACCUACUACAUACACACAAAACAAACAGAAUUGUUUCAUUAUAGCUUAAGAAUUAAACAUAAACAUAAUACACCCAUGCGAACAGUGUAUUAACAUAA